UCCCGUAGUUGCAACUGCAGUACCGAACAGUGUCGUCCUGUGUGUUCUUUAACGGGAAUAAAGCUGAUAAAACGCUUAACAUGUUCAAACUGAUUCUAAUGGCUAUCUCGGUGGUAGCGGUCACAUGCGCACCGGUGCCGGAACCGGCACCAGCACCGGCACCAGGUCCUCUGCCGCCAUUGCUGGCCCCUUACCCGGUGAUCUACACUGCACCGUACGUGAAGGUGUACCCAUAUCAGCCGGUUCCCUUGGCGUAUAACCUUGGCUAUAACGGCUAUUAUAAUGGCUACUACAACAAGUUUCAUCCAGGCUCGGCGUACGCUUACUAACAUCGAUUCGUACUAUCCAGACUAUUCAGUGGAUCGCCAACACAAUCGUGGUUUCCUCGUAUAACGCGACUCACCGCAACGCGCCAAAUGAUUCUGAAUCGUGGAACGUUUCUAAAAUAAAAUAUUCUCUUGUCGCAAA